AUGUCGUUACUCCUUCGUUGCGAUUAUUAUUCUGACUCGCAGCAGGCUGUUAUUGGUCCGCUGCAACAGCAGUGUAAGAAAGCUCUUCGCGGCGCCGAUGAUACGCCUGCGACUCCAGCGGCAGUCGCUGCUGCGGCGAUCGCAGCAAUUGCUACUCCCGGGGUAUCAGGCGCUACCCUGGCUCGCCGUCGGGCGCGGGCUCGUAAUAUCACUGAUGCGAAGACGCGGUUGGAUAUUGCGAAUUCUCUGGAGUCGAUGAACACUAUGCUCUCCGUCUUCUUUUCGGAGCGGCUUAAGAGCCUUAAGGGUUGCUCGGCUAAUAACCUUCCUGCCGUGCCGGCUCGCGAGG